AUGGCUUUCACGAACAAGCGCAUCGCAGUGAUCGGGGGCGGCUUGGGUGGUAUGGCGUUCGUGAACUCGGCGCUGUAUGCUGGACUGGACAACAUCCAUUUGUACGAGGCCGCGCCAGAGUUCACGGAGGUGGGCGCAGGAGUGAACAUCACCCGUAAUGCGAACCGUGUGCUCGACGCCUUCGGCCUCAAAGAUGCGAUGUGGCGGAUGAGCUCACGCAAUCCACCCUCUUACAUGGAGUAUCAUCACUACCGGACCGGUGAGCUCCUCGGUCGAAUUGAAGAAUUUGGUGAACCACGGUCGCGGCAGAUCCACCGCGCGCACUUGCUCGACGUCCUUCGCUCCAAAGUGCCCGACUCCAAGAUCUCAAAGGGGAAGAGGCUAGUCAAGCUUGACAGGGACGCCGGGAACAACUGUUACAUCCUCCAUUUCAUAGACGGCACGGAAGAGACUACAGACAUUGUUGUAGGAUGCGACGGCAUCAAGUCAAUAGUGCGAGAGCACUUGGGCUUCAGCGACAAACCCAUAUACUCCGGGCAAAUGGUGUACCGCGGGUAUGUCUCAUACGAUGAUCUGACACCCGCAACGGCAGCUCUUCUCCAAAAAACAGUCAAUUUUCGCGGUCCCCAGCGACACGUCCUCACGCUGCCCAUUGGCAACGACGAGAGUAAGUCGGCGCGCGUGGGCAUCAUUGGAUUUAUGACUGAGCCACUCGAGAACUGGAAGUCUGAGUCGUGGCUCGCGACGGCACCCGUGGAUGCGUUGGAGGCGCAGGUAAAGGACUGGUGUCCCGCGGUACAAGAGAUCAUCUAUGGGCUGAGGAAGGGAGCAGGUGAGACAGGCGAGAUCCUGAAGCAGACGCUGUACGUGAGGGAGCCGACAGAGAAGUGGUGGAGUGUAGAAAGCGAUGCAGCCGGAAGUGGGAUAAUCCUCAUAGGAGACUCAGUGCAUAGCACGCUGCCGCAUCAAGGGCAAGGAGCAUGCCAAGCGAUUGAGUCCGGCUUCGCGCUUGCACAGGUACUCAAGCACUGGCAAACGCCCAAUUUGGCCGAUGCAUUUCAGUUUUUUCAAGAUUUCAGAAAGCCUCGAACGGACCGUAUCACCAGGUCCAGCUACGAGACGGGCAAGAUGGCGAGCGCGGAUAUCCCAGAAGAAGAGUGGGCUACCGCGUUCUCCCCUAGUAUUGUCCGAGAGCGUAUGAGAUGGGCCAUGGAAUACGAUUUGUUGGGAGAAUUGGCGGGCAGGCUUGCUGCGAAGUUUCCGCAGGAGGGGAAGAAGCAGGCGCUUUUUAAUGAGACGGAGGUUCCGGUGGCGAGUGUACUGUGA